AUGGUUUUCGACCUUGGUUCUAGAUCCGAUCCAAAGGCCGAGAUCAUAUCAUCGGUUGAUCGACUUAUAGCUGAAGCUGACAUUCAGUGCGGUUCUCUUUGUGUAUCCGAUGAAAGUGAUAUUUAUGGACACCACCGAGGGGGUCUCAUCUGUUAUCCGUCCGUAUUGGUCAAAAGCAACGGGAGAGCGUGCCAGUGUCGUUCAAGCUCAGUCAGACAUGUUAGAAAUCGUCCCACCCGGAACCUCCAAAGGCAACAGUGUAAAACUGAAACUCCAUCAUUUGGGCAUUCGUCGAAUGAGAAGACGUUGGUGGUUGAUACCGUUGAGUUAUCUGUGAUGCUUUGCAACGAUGAGUUUAUCUAUAAACUCAAUAAAGAGUGGAGGGGGAAAGAUCAUCAUACUCAUGUGCUUUCCAUGUCACAGCAUGUCCCUGAACUUAAGCUUCAUGUUCUUAUGAUGGAUGAUAUCGUCAUUUCUGUUGAGACAGCUGCAAGGCAGGCUGCAGAGAGAGGUCAGAUGAGAUCCGCAUUCUUGUGGGAUGUUACACCUACUGGGGUUUGA